ACGAGAAGUUAUUUUUCAGGGGCAGUCGCUCUUUAAUAAAAGGAAGCAUAGAAAUAGCAGAAAUAGCACAGAUAUACCGCUUCUCAGACUUGCUUUCAAUGAGAAUGACACAUCUAUAACUCACAUUUCUUGGUAUUGUCUCCCAAAAAGCUACAUACCCAACUGUGUAGCAUAUUGUUUUUCAUAGCUAAAAGAAAGGGGAAGUCUGUCAGACACACUUGAGAGCUUAGAAACUUGCUACGCGAGGCUACAUUUUCUAAAUCAUGGACAAACUGUCUGUCUUUUUGUUUGUUCUUUCCUUUUGCACCAUUGUCAACGCAGGUUCAGGAUCACAUUCUCUGUGGGCACUUGCAACAUAUAUAAGRGGAGAGACGCCUUUCCCUGAGUUUACGGUUGUGGUGAUGUUGGAUGAUGUUCAAGUGGCUUACUAUGACUCCAACAUGAAACACUUCAUCUACAGGGGUCAUAACACCUCAGACAAAAUACAUGAUGACGAAGCUAAGAACGGAGGUUUUGUAUUUGGAGUUAUGUACCACCACAUGAAAGAGAGAUACUUUCACCUAAAGCACCACUUGAAUCUCACGGAAGGUGUUCAAGUUCAGCAAAGAAUGGCUGGCUGUGAGAUGUUGGACAAUGGUGAACCAGCCCUGAUCGUGACAAAGAAUAUUGUCAAUGCAGUUUUUGUAGAUCAUGCAAUAUAUUACAACAUGACACAUUUUACAUAUGAUGCUGGUAAACUACUUCAAGGAUGGGGUGGGAUGAGGCAAGCACAGGAAAAAUUUCUUUAUGAGAAUGUUUUACUUCCCCUUUGCAUCAGAACACUGAAGACAAUCCUGAAGAGAGAGAAGAACGUUGUGAUGCGUAAAGUUCCUCCCAGACUCAGGUUGAUAAAUAAAGAGCUUUCUGGAGGGCUCCAGGUGAGCUGCCUGGCGUUUGGUUUCUACCCCCGCCACAUCAACCUGACCCUGCUGAYAGACGGCCAGCCAGUGACAGAACAGGAGCUGACAGGGGGGGAGGUGCUGCCUAGUGGAGAUGGGACCUACCAACUGAGGAAGAGUCUGGAGGUCAGUACUGAGGAGCUAAAGAAGAGACACAACUACACCUGUACUGCCUCUCACCUCAGUCUGGACAACAAGCUGGAUGUCAGUUGGGAGUCUGGGGCAGAGAGAGUUCACCUAUCCACCCUCUCAGUUCUACUGGUGAUGCUGCUGAUUGUUAUUCUAUUGGGRAUUUUCAUUUGUGUCAAAAGGAGGAGGAGUAACGACUGGGGCCUCCCGGGCCUGAAAGCUUGCCGAAUUGACAGAGGAUCCCAUGGUGGUGGCCAUGUGCUGACCAAGCAGCAGGAGUGGGGAGUGGUGGAAAUGGCGAGGGCCAGGAAUGAUGACAUACGGCUGUCUGAAAUAAAGCAGGCCAUUGAGGAGAACGAUGACACCUUGGCCAAUGUAGCAUCCAUCAGCCUACCAACAAUCACCUGCCUUUUGAAGAGGCACCAGGUAUCUAUGAAACAUAUUUACCUGGUGCCUUUUAAGAGAAACAACGACCGGGUGAAACAACUGCAGGCUGAGUAUGUUCAGAGGGUGAUGGUGCUUGAUGCUGCUGUGAACCAUCACAAGUAUAUCUUUGUUGAUGAAGCGGGCUUCAACCUGGCCUAA